AUGCGAUGUCACUACGAGGUUUUGGAGGUUCCUAGAGAUGCUGAUGACGAAACUAUCAAGAAGGCAUACAGAAAAUUAGCACUCAAGUGGCAUCCGGACAAGAAUCCUGAUCGAAUCGAGGAGUGCACGAAGUAUUUUGCCUUACUGCAGGCCGCCUACGAAGUCCUCAGUGAUCCUCACGAGAAGGCAUUUUAUGAUAGACAUAGGGAAAGUAUCUUGAAAGGAGGAUUUGAUGGCGAAUACAAGCAAGAUUCACUAGACCUAUUCCAAUUUUUCACUACUAGUUGUUAUAAAGGAUUCGAUGGUGAAAAGAGCUUUUAUAAUGUGUAUAGGAAUGUAUUUGACAGCCUCGCUAACGAAGAUUAUGAUUUUGUGGAUGACCCAUCUGUGCGUUAUCCUACAUUUGGUGAUGCUUCAAGCGAUUAUGACACGGUGGUUGGACCUUUCUACGGGUUUUGGAGUUCGUUCUGUACAGCACGGUCUUUUGCAUGGUUAGAUAAAUAUGACAUACGUCAAGCUAAUAAUAGAUACGAGUUACGUCAAAUUGAAGCUGAAAAUAAAAAAUAUCGAGAUGCGGGCAAAGCCGAGCGGAACGAACAAAUCAGAGAGUUAGUUGCUUUUGUGCGAAAGCGAGAUCCUCGAGUUAAAGCAUAUCGCGAGCUGCUGGAAAAGCGCCAGGAAGAAGCCAAAAGGAAACAAGAAGAGAAUCGAAAACAGCAAAUUUUGAAGAACCAGGAACUUAUCUCCGCAUAUCAUGAGAAUGAGCAUGUACAAGCCGCUCAUCGUGCUCAUCUGGAGCAGCUCACGCUGCAACUCGCCGAAGAAGAAACAGCUAGUGAAGGUGAAGACGAGGACGGAGAAGCACUGCCGUACUGUGUUGUCUGUGAUAAGUCGUUCAAGACUCUAAAUGCGAAACUCAACCAUGAGAAUUCCAAACAACAUCGAAAACAGCUUGCAGACCUCAAAAAGCAUAUGAAGGAAGAGGACCAGGUGUUGUUUGAGGAGCAACUGCAAGCUGAGGCAUCACCAGAAAAAGCUGAGGGUGAGAAAAAAGGCAAGAAGGCUAAACGAAGGGCGAAAAAGAAGAAGGCAUGGGACGAAGAUAGUGAUGCAGAAGCACUAAAUGAUGGCAAUGAGAUUAAUGAAGCAAACGGCUCAGAGCCUCGCAAUAGUGAUACGAACGGCGAACCGAUUGCGGAUCUCGGCGAGAAAUUGGCGGAUGUGUCUAUAAACACAGUAGAUGAGCACUCUGGAGAUGAAGAGAACAUCUUUCUUUCCGCUGCUAAGCAGAAUGAAAAGAAGAAACGACGAGCGGAAAAGAAGGACAACGCUACAGUCAAUGAGGGAGCCGCUGCGUCACAGCAAGUCUCGCAUCCCGUAGAUACUGGUCCGAAAACCGACAUCUGUCAUAAAUGCAAGGAAGUCUUUGAAAGCCGAACGAAAUUAUUUCAACAUCUCAAGCUUACUGGUCAUGCCACUAUCAAAGGCCCUCCACCGCCACCCCCUAAAAAUAAAAAGGGUAGGAGAAAAUGAUAGGACUUGGAAAGCGCAAGGGUUCUUCUAGACAUACUGGUCAUAAUUUUAUUCGAUUUUUACAUUCUGUCCCAGUUGUUGUUGUUUGCAUGUGUGCCUACAAAUUUGUUUCAUAGAUGCGUGCUAGCCUAAAUUGAGACCUUAAAGAUUAUCGGGGUAUCGCAUCUAUUACUCGUGAUAAUUUGAAAAAUAUGUGAUUUCAAAUGGUCAUGACGUUGUUGUCUGUUUACAUGGGAAAUAAAUAUGAUGUGUAC